UGAGCUCCCAGAUGAAUAGAAGCAAUGGACAAGCUACUGCAGCACCAUAAUACCCUUCAGCAAAGGAAUUAGAGCUCAGCCAGAGUGCAGCAAAUCUCCCCGCUUAAAAUCCCUUCCCCAGUCCGGUUAGUACAACUACCAAAUAACAACUUCCCUAUCUGCAAGGCUCUUUUAGACCCAGGCUUUAUAUCCUGCAAGACAGGACAGGAUUUCACCAAGGGGGAUUUUCUUGAAGCAGGAUGACUGAAGAAUACUCUCGCUCACCAAGCCCAGCCAGGAGAGGACGGAGCAGCGGGUGAUCCACCAAAGCUUCCUACAGCCGUGUCCACUGGCACUAAGCUGUCUCAUUGUGAGGGUGGAUGCUGGAAGAAGUGGAGGACCAGAGCAGAAGAUACACAAACUGCACAGGAUAUUUCCAAAGUGAAUGGGGUUCACAGCUGAUUGCUCUAAAUGCAGAUUUCUGUUUCAACAGCUGCUGAAGGCCACUUAAAGAAGAAGAGAUUUCCUAACCCCUCAGCAGGAUGAACAAGACCAAGGGAGCUUUUGGUAGCCCAGAACUUUGGAGCCCAGGCUGCAUGCAGAGCAGCACCUCCCUCACCAGUCUGGCACCACCCUUUGCAUUUGGACAGCAGGCUAUGGACACAGCCCUGAAUGUAAUCCUAAUUGGGGUCCUCCUCGUCAUCAUGGUGUCCCUGGGAUGUACAAUGGAGAUAGCCAAGAUCACAGCUCACCUCAGGAGACCUAAAGAUGUGGCAAUAGCCAUAACAGCUCAGUACAGCAUCAUGCCCUUGACAGCAUUCACACUGGGCAAGCUCUUCCAGCUGGGCACCUCAGAAUCCCUGGCCAUCCUCAUCUGUGGCUGCUGCCCUGGGGGAAGUCUCUCCAGCAUCUUUAGCCUGGCACUGAGAGGGGACAUGAACCUCAGUGUUGUAAUGACCGCGUGCUCCAUGGUCCUGGCGAUUGGAUUAAUGCCACUGCUUCUAUACCUUUACUCUGGAGGACUCCAUGAGGGUGAUUUGGAGGGCAAGGUACCUUACAAAGGAAUAAUCACCUCCCUGGUGCUGCUACUAAUCCCCUGUGCCGUCGGCAUCAUCUUGAAUGAGAAGAAACCACAGUACACUGGCCUUAUCACCAAGGCAGGGAUGGUUAUGCUUCUACUGUCAUCUGCUGCUAUAAUUGUUCUGUCUGUGGCCAAUAUGGGAAGCUGUAUCAUGGUUGUCUUCUCACCAUCUCUCCUGGGAACUUCUGCCUUAAUGCCCCUUACUGGAUUUCUGCUGGGCUACGCUGUCUCUGCAGCCUUCAAGCUUGAUGACCGGUGCAGGCGGACAGUGUGCAUGGAAACUGGCUGCCAGAACGUACAGCUUUGCUCAGUUAUCCUCAAGGUCGCCUUCGCCCCAGAGAUCAUCGGCCCCCUGUACUUCUUCCCCCUGCUCUACUUGCUGUUCCAGCUUGGAGAAGGAUUUCUGCUCACCCUGGUCUUUCGGAUCCAUGAUAGAAUAAAGCAAGCCAAUGGUCCCUAAUUCCAGAGCUGAGCUGACUGCACAGAUGACUGAUGGAUGCACUGCUGAAUGAGAUCCUCCACCCACCACCCCUCUGAUGCUGCCAGUCCAGCUUUUCUCCACUGCCUUAAGAGAGAUGCAGCCGAGUAGCUGCUACAGACCUGCUUCAGCAUCACUUUACCGUAUCUUACAGCUGUGCUGGAGGACAACUUCAACCCACUCAUUUGGAUCCUUGGGUGUGUGUUCAGAGCAAAGCAGUUGCUACUGGAAACAGACAUGCAGGUGUUGUCAAGACUACUCUAACAAAAGGGUUGUAUUCCAGCCUCUGGGUUAUAAAUGAGUGGAAACAAAAUGGAUUCAGUCUUUUGGCAGGAAUCCCUUCCUCUUGUUUUAAAUGACCCAGUAAUUAUAGUUGUAGCUGUCACAACCUUCCCCUAACCUGGUUUCAUAAUUGCCUAGUCUCACAUUUUUCUCUUUCGUCAGAAACAGCAAAAAAAAAUCUGUGCAGGUGUGACUACAUUUAGUGCUGAAGAAAUGAAAUCAGUGUCAAGACAUUGCAGAAAACAGUGGAAAACCAGGAAAACAAUAUAUGGAUUCUGCAGCAGUUGCUCUUCAACAACCCUCCAUCCAGCUCAUAGGUCUCCAGCUGUUCUGUCAAGGACUUAUUUAUAUGCUCAUUUCACAGCAGCCACAGAACCAUCUGCAACCACACUGCUAUUCUCCAAAGACCUUGCUCCAGACUAAGCCUUCUCUGUCAGCCCAGAAAGGAGGAGACUUUCCACCUUCAAAGUCAUUCUGACAACCCUUUGGGACAGCUGAAGAACAUGCCAAGUGACUGUCCCAGUUCUACCUGUAAGAAAAUCACUGCCUGCAUCAGUUCCCUUUCUGAAUUUCACUUACCUGUAACUGUGCUGCUGGCACACAAUGGAAGCAGAUCCUGAUGGCACCACUGUAAAUUCAUGUUAUUUCUCUAACAGACCCAGAACGAGCUGUGAAAAUUUCUCCAUGCAGAAGCCAGUGAGAUUCAAUGCACAGCCAAGCAGCCCAUGGGCUGUUGGUUUCUCCCAUUCUCCAACGGGUACCAUGUGGUACCAACUGAACACCCAAAGCAGAAGCCACACAAACCAUGAUCAUGGCUACACAAACUGCCUUUGUGAGCCGAGCUGGGGCCCAGCAAGCUGUACCUGCAAAACCAAUGAACCUUAAAUGUGCCUUCUUUUUUGCAGUCAGUGAACUCAACACCACACCUGUUCUAGACAUCACCUAGGUAUGGUCACACUACACUACUACAGUAGCAGGAAAGAUUGGCUUUGACAUCCCCAGUGUCCAGACUAUGCCUUGUAACCCAAAGUAAUUACUCUUAAUUAAGAAUAAA